AUGGCUGGCCUACCGACCACAAUGUUUGCUUGGCGUAAGCACCAAGGCAAUGAAACACCACAAUAUGACGAGGUACCCGUCCCGGAGGCUCCGGCGACUGGCUUUCUUUGCAAGAUGUUAGCUUCAGGAGUCUGUCAUAGCGAUCAAGCAAUGCUCAAAGAUACCAAUCCUCGACCAUGGUUCCAAGAUCAGUACAUACUUGGCCAUGAAGGAUGCGGGCAGAUUAUCGAGAUCGGGAAAGAUGUGACUGACAAGCGUUUCAAAGGCGAUGUCAUUGCCAUGUUCGCUGUUCCCGGUUGCGGACAAGAAGACUGUACUGAAUGCUCACGCGGGACACCACAAUUGUGUCUACGUGGUCAUCACUCUGGUAUUGGUCAAGAUGGCUUCUUUGCACCAUAUGCCACAAUCGAUCAGCGUGGUGCUGUGCUAGUGCCACAAGGCGUCAGCCCACUGCAAGCCGCAGUCGCAACAGAUGCAGUUGCCACCGCAUAUCAUGCUGUUCAUCGACGUGCAGAGGUCAAGCCUCACGAUACCGUCCUACUAUUCGGUCUCGGUGGGCUCGGCUUCAAUGGCUUGCAGGUAUUGAAGACCACUGGUGCUCGAAUCAUUGUCUCCGAGGUCCGACAAGAGCGAUUAGAUGCUGCUAUAAAGCUGGGCAUUCCUGAACAUGACAUUGUGCCAAUCGGUACGUCGGUACAAGACUUUGUCAAGCAGAAUGGCCUGGAAGAAACGAUCGACACAACUAUUGACUUUGUGGGCUUGAAGCAGACGUUUGAAGAUGCACAGCAAGUUGUCCGGCGAGCUGGGAAGAUGGUCUGCAUUGGAACACUUUCUCCAGAAAACACGAUCAGCAUGAAAGUGGGUGUACGCAAACGCUUGAGCAUUCUGUUCUCGUAUGGUGCUCAAGUUGGAGACCUCGAGGAAGUGCUUCAAUUGAUAGCGCAAGAUGCGAUACAACCAGAUGUUGAGCAAGGUAAACUUGAAGACUUUCCGCAGUGGUUGCAGAAGCUUUGUGAUGGGAAGAUAGCUGGCAGAGUCGCGCUCUGUGCAUGA